AUGGGACCUUGCUCCUCAAGAAAAAUAUAACCAACCUAGUCUUUACAUCUGAACAACAUGAAAACUAAUAUUUAAGGUACUUCUAGGAUGAAUUAGUCAAAUAUGUUGUUACUAUAUCAAAAAGACAGAAUAAUUCAGCCUUACAACCCAAACAGUUCAAAUAAAAAAAUAUGUCAUUAGGUCUUCAAUAUUAAUAUAAUGUUGAUGUAGAAGGAGUAAUUUUUGACGUCAUCGCUCCUCCAGACUUAUUAGAAGAUGACAAUUUAGAGCCAUUUGAAGGGGAAUAAUGA